CGUGAUAGUCUCAGCCGCACUGUGAAGGGGGCCGUCCCUGUUAGUGGAGAUCAGCCCGCGGAAGGCCCACCUAGUGAUCAUUUGAAGAUAUCUCCCAUUUAGGCGAUAGUUUUGUCUCGACCGCGCGGCUCAACCAUAAGGGGACAAGUCGAAGGCUAUUUGUAAAUAGUAGCUCGGCCAAGAUGGAUGUGUUUAUGAAAGGUUUGUCUAAAGCGAAAGAGGGGAUGGCUGUGGCCGCGGAAAAGACCAAGGAAGGAGUUGCAGUUGCGGCAGAAAAGACCAAGGAGGGAGUCAUGUUUGUAGGUAACAAAGCCAAAGACAGCGUGGGCUCAGUGGCUGAGAAGACCACUGGAGCCAUGGGGAACAUCGCCGCUGCCACUGGCCUGGUGAAGAAGGACGAGUUCCCAUCUGACAUGAACCCUGAGGAGUACGGGCAGGAGGCCAUGGAGGGCCAGGGAGAGGCAAUGCUGGAGCCAGAAGGGGAGACAUAUGACGAGUCCCAGAAUUGACCUGCCUGCCUCUCAAAACGUGCUCUUCUCUUCCCAGGAGAGCCAGGACUACGAGCCGGAAGCAUAAAGGCAUCAGUCCAAGCCGCCAUCCAACCAGCAGCACAAUAAUAUUUCUAAUAAUAACAAGGACAAAUGCUGAAACUAUUACAAUUAUAUCCCCGUUGCAAAAAACAACAAAAAUACAAGCAUUCCCACUGAAAAAUGUUCUUCCUUCGAGACAAAUCUUUUAUUAUUAUAUAUUGUAAAUGUCAUGUUAUUAAUGUAAUGUGUUGGGUGUAGGUAUUUAUUGAGAUGUAGGAUUUGCCCUAUCGGUCUCAUUUCCUUGAUUCCCUCCCAAUGAAAUGAGACCGGAGCCGGGGCUUGUGACUUUGUACUUGUGUGUAUCUGUAUUUAGAAACGUGCAAUAGAUGUUCAUCAUCUUCCAAUGAGACAUUGGGAGUGGAAAAAAUAAAUAUGACCGGUUGCAAGCAGAUAUGACUACAAUAAUAUCCUCUUAAGUGUCGACAAUGCCUGUUUGUGGGUUUUUUCUUUUUCUUUUUGCAUUUCUUCGGAAAUUAAUUUGAAAACGUUUUUUGAAGUAAGAGUUUUUUACAUUGUAUCUUUAUAGUUGCUUGUGAAUCAUUCCAGUAAACUCUCUGUUAGAAACGGACAGUAUACAUGUUUGUGUGUGCGCGUGUUUGUGUGUACUGAAGAUUUUAUCAAGUUAAAGUCAAUAUAUUAUGUCUUGGAAUCAUAAUGGUUGUCAAAUCAAUAUGUGCUUUAAAUUGCAGGGCUUGUCAAUAUAAAGGUUUAUGUGUUAAGCCAGACAUACAAAUCCUCUGUAAAUAAAAAGUAAAAAAACAAA